AUGGCGGCGGCGGGUGGUGGCGGCGGCGGGGCCCGGUGUCGGUCCCGGGGUCCCCCCGUGCCCCCCGUGCCCCUGCUGCUGCUGGUGCUGGCGCCCGCGCUGCCGCUCCCGCCCGCCGCUGCCGACAUCACCGACGGCAACAACGAGCACCUGAAGCGGGAGCACUCCCUCAUCAAGCCCUAUCAGGGGGUGGGAUCCAGCUCGAUGCCCCUUUGGGACUUCCAAGGCAGCACGAUGCUGACCAGCCAGUAUGUCCGGCUGACCCCGGAUGAGCGGAGCAAGGAGGGCUCCAUCUGGAACCACCUGCCCUGCUUCCUCAAGGACUGGGAGAUGCACGUCCACUUCAAAGUUCACGGCACGGGGAAGAAGAACCUUCACGGAGAUGGCUUUGCCCUGUGGUAUACCCGGGACCGCCUUAUGCCAGGCCCCGUCUUCGGCAGCAAGGACAACUUCCACGGCCUGGCGGUCUUCUUGGACACGUACCCAAACGACGAAAGCACCGAGCGAGUGUUCCCCUACAUCUCGGUGAUGGUGAACAACGGCACCCUGGCCUAUGACCACAGCAAGGACGGGCGCUGGACGGAGCUGGCGGGCUGCACGGCCGACUUCCGGAACCAGAACCACGAUACGUUCCUGGCCGUGCGCUACUCCCGGGGCCGGCUGACGGUGAUGACAGAUGUGGAAGACAAGAACGAGUGGAAGAACUGCAUUGACAUCUCGGGGGUACGGCUGCCCACUGGGUACUAUUUUGGAGCCUCGGCUGGCACGGGGGACCUGUCCGACAAUCACGACAUCAUCUCGCUCAAGCUGUUCCAGCUGAUGGUGGAACACAGCCCGGACGAGGAGAACAUCGACUGGACCAAGAUCGAGCCCAGCGUCAACUUCCUCAAGUCCCCCAAAGACAACGUGGACGACCCAACGGGGAAUUUCCGCAGCGGUCCCCUGACGGGCUGGAAGGUGUUCCUGCUACUGCUGUGUUCCCUGCUGGGCAUCAUCGUGUGUGCCGUGGUCGGAGCCGUGGUCUUCCAGAAGCGGCAAGAGCGGAACAAGCGCUUCUACUGAGGGCCGGGGGGUGGGCCGGGCCGGGGCCGGGCCGCAGCCACUAAUGUGAACUUUUCUACUGGAGAUUGUAUAAAAAAAAAAAAAAA